AUGAUUUCAGCAAGGGAAAAAUUCCCAUGCUUCUUCUUAUUCCGUACCUGUUUACAUCUUCAAUUCUUCCUUCAAAUUCAUACGCUAACAAAUCAUGCAAAUUUCGAGUUUGAAAAGUCGUUAUCAUCUUGCGAAAAACCAUGUUACAACGGUGUCUGUCUAAACAAGGCGUGUGUUUGCUCUAAAGGAUGGUACGGACAACAGUGCGACCAUUGUUUUGGGCGGAUAAGGCUAUCCGAAAACACUAGCUCCAUAACUGACGGCCCUCUAGACUACAGCUCGUCAGCAAAAUGCACAUGGCUAAUUGAACCGGAAAAUAGCACCACUCCACUCACAAUCCGAAUCAACAGCUUCUUCACUGAAUGUGGAUGGGAUUAUUUGUACAUUUACGACGGAGACAGUGUCUAUGGGAAGCAGUUGGCAGCGUUAUGCGGAGAACAACCAGCACAAGAGUUCACAGCGGCAUCUGGAAAAGCGUUGGUGCACUUUUUCAGCGAUUUAGCCAUGAAUUUAAACGGGUUCAAUGUGUCGUACGAGUCAAACAGUUGUGCGUACAAAUGUUCAAAUCAUGGAACAUGCACAGCUGGGAAGUGUAUAUGUGAGGAUGGCUAUAAAGGUCAAUAUUGUGAGCAUCACGUCUGCAAGCUAAACGGAAAAUCAGCUGAAAAUCCGUGUCACGAGGGUGAAUGUGUCGAUGGAAGAUGUCAUUGUCUCUCUUCGAACGUUCACGGAGAGUCUUGCCAAACACCAGUAACGUCUUCAGUCUGGGACCUCAUUCAUCCAUCGAACGAGGCGCCAACUGGAAAAGCAUCUCAUGCCUCUGUCGCUAUUGAUGAUACUGUUUGGACAAUUGGAGGGGAGUAUUUCGAUGGUAGUCAGGAUCCAAACAGCAUCGAUGUCUACAAUGUAACAAGUAGGGAGUGGAGUAAACUUGAGGUGUCUGGAGAUGUGCCGAAGGCUCGAUUUGAUCAUACCGUUGUGAAGUACAAGAACAAACUUUACAUGUAUGGCGGAGUGACUAAAACUAAAAACCGUCAUAUCACAACUCAAGAAGCUACGAAUGAACUAUGGAUCUUUGACAUGAAUACUAAAACCUGGACGGAGCAAAAUCACAAAAACGAAACUAUCCUCACAGCUCCAUUUGCUGUUGCUGGCCAUUCAGCACAUGUGAUAGGAUCCGAGAUGUUUGUAAUUUUUGGAUACAAUCCUCUCUUUGGAUUCCUACAUCACGUGCAAAUUUAUAACUUUGAAACUGAGGAGUGGAGUGUAGCUAAUACAAGUGAUCACGUCUACGGUCGUUUCAAGCAUUCUGCAGUGGAGUACACAACGCCAGCGGGAACCACUUCGAUAUUAGUUUACGGAGGUAGCAUGUGGAACAACACAAUUACGGACAGCCUAAUGCAAUUUGACACCGCUGCCAAAAAGUGGACCAACCUGCCACAGUCGGGAGUGCAAUUAUAUCUGCAUACGGCGGUUUAUCUCAACGGAUUAAUGGUCGUCGUUGGUGGACGCGGAGCGAAUACGACGGCGGGAAGUAAGAGUGAAUGCUUUUCGAAUAUGGUGCAGUCCUAUGACGUUGCGUGCAAGCAAUGGUCUAAUAUGUCAACUGCGCCUGCUGAAUUGAAACGAUACGGUCAUGUGUCUCAUUUGAUUGGACAGAAAGUUUACUUGCUUGGAGGGUACGAUGGAAGAAUGAUGAACGAUGUCUGGACACUUAGCCCAGCAAAAUGUUCAUCCACCACUCGUCCUGAUGAAUGUCGACUUGUUACUGAUGGCACCAAAUGCGUCUUCCUGGACAGUUCAUGUGUUCCUUUUGACCCUACCGUCUCUUACAAAGCUUCAUUCAACUCAGUGAUCAAAUCAUCUGCUCCAAAGAACUUUGACGAAUGCACAAAUACUCCAUUGAGGCUCGCCCUAAAAACUUGUGAAGAACAAACCGACUGUGUUUCCUGUGCUUCGAAGUCUGGAUGCGGUUGGUGCUCAUCUGGAGAGCAGUGCUUGCCAAAUGAACAGGAAUGUGUAGAUGGACCAGGAAUGCUCACUUCCUGGGAAAAGUGUUCUCAACGGAACAGUGUUGCCACUCUGAGACCUUGCAAUAUGGAGAACAAUUGCGGAAGCUGUCGAAUCCUCCCACACUGCACAUGGUAUCCUAUCGAUAAAGCAUCACCAUGCGUGAGCAAAGAGGACUUGAUCGCCGUUGUCUACGAGUAUGAAACCAAGUCAGCGUUAGUGGAUCGUAGCAAGUUCCUCUCCCCAUCCCAUUUCCCGUCCAUAAGCCGUUCAUUGUUCCGAAACACCACAGAAUGUCCAAUGCCGUGCGCCCAAAGAAGCAAUUGUAGUAAUUGUGUGGAUUUGGAUCAGUGCAUGUGGUGUCCAAGUACAAAUCGAUGUCUCAAUUUGGAAGCCUACACUCUUUCGUUUGCCUAUGGACAGUGUCACUCUUGGGUGACAUCCGGAUCUGGAAAUGUGCUGAAGAGGGUGUGUCAAGCAGAAUCAAGCGUCUGCGAGGAGCACAAAACUUGUGGCGAGUGUCAACGAGACCCUGGCUGUGGUUGGCUUGCCGAUGACUCCAAAACUGGUCUUGGUCUCUGUACGCCAGGAGCUGCAACAGGACCAUUGGAACCGAAGCCAGCAAACAGUGCCUGGUACUUCACAGAUUGCCCAGCCUGUCAAUGCAAUGGUCAUUCUACAUGCGUCACAUCCGUUGGAUCAUUCCCUCCAGUGACCAUAGAAAAGUGUCAGACGUGUCAGAACAACACAACAGGCGCUCAUUGUGAGCGUUGUGCUCCGGGAUUCUAUGGAGACUCGAGAAAUGGUGGAAUUUGUUCGGAACUAGCCCGAAAACGGAGAGUUCCGGAACCUUGCCUUCCUAGAAACAAAACCUUGCCAUUGGAACCUUGCCAUAAGCUUGUCGGAGUUCGGUCGGCUUUAGUAGCAGAUGUGACUGCAACAGACAAGCAGACAUGUGUGACGCACAAUCAGGUCAGUGCUAUUGCCGAACCAAAGGAGUCACUGGAGACCAUUGUGACAAAUGCGAGACGAAAUAUGUCGGAAAUCCAAGAAAUGGAACGCCGUGUUACUCCUAAUUUCCCAUCUUCAACUUUUCUAUUUUCAGAUGAGCUAGCUGUUGACUUCAUUUUCACAUUCAAACUGAAAAACGACGAUAAAGACAAUCAUACGAGUGAAAUCUAUCUAUACAGUGUUCCAUAUAAGGUAAGUCAUCUCACCGGAUUUCAAAUAAAUCAAUUUUUAUCACAGAAGGAUACCGACGUGACGUUCCAAAUCAGUUGCGAGUCUCCCAAUGGACACAACACACUGGUUGCAUUAAACAUGACGUCUUCUUAUGUGAACGGACUACCAGAACGAACUCAAACUAUGAUGGUAGACACGAUUUGCGACUCCAAGGGAUUCCGUCGUGUUUAUGUUGCCUCGGAUAAGGGUUAUCCGUUCGGUCCCGAUUCCAAUACCACUUUCUUCGUACGCGUUUACAAUUUCCAAACUCCAGUACAAAUUGUUGUUAGCUUUGCUCAAUCCCCGCCAAUCAAUUGGGUGUUAUUCUUUGUCAUAUUUGCUGCGUGUUUCAUAGUACUUUUGGUGGUUGCUGGUCUUCUUUGGAUGAUCAAAGUCCGGAUUGAAGCCUAUCGACGAAAUCAACGACGGAUAGAUGAAAUUGAACACAUGGCCAGCCGACCAUUUGCCUCAACAAAAAUGGAGCUGAGCAUGCUGAGUCAAUUCUCCUCAGCUGGUGGACCAACUCCACUCUCCAUAGAACCUUGCCACAACUAUCGAGCCGGUGUGUUCACCCUCGCGGUACGACUUCCGACCGGAGGAAAAGCAGUGACACCAAGUGGAACAUCUGGUUUAGCCGUCGCUUCGUCUCUUUGUCUACUGACCCCUCAACAAGUCGGUGUACUUCAAGCGCAGGAGAACGGUGAAAGUAACAGCGGGCGAAAAAGUAAUUUUCGCAACUUGUUAAGGCUAACGAUACGACAACGUCCUAACGGUAAUGAUUAA